CGGGCAGCGCGAUCGCCUGCAAAAUGGGCAGCCGGAUCACUUUCUUCGAGGUGGAAAUCCUCGACUGGAAGACAAAGCAACAGCUAUGCUUUUUGGAAAAGGUUGAGCCACACACUACAAUAUGUGACAUCAGGCUAAUGUUCCAUAAAAUAUAUCCUCAGUGGUAUCCAGCAAGGCAAUCUAUAAGACUUGACCCCAAAGGCAAAUCACUGAGGGAUGAAGAAAUCCUCCAGGUGCUCCCUGUUGGCACAACUGCUACCCUCUAUUUUAAAGAUUUAGGGCCUCAAAUAGGAUGGACUAUGGUAUUUUUGAUAGAAUAUACGGGCCCAUUGUUCAUCUAUUUUGUGUUUUAUUUCCGCAUGCCUUUUAUCUAUGGCCUGGAUGACAGGUUUACCUCAAGCCGGCAUUCAGUUGUUAACUUGGCAUGUAUCUGCCAUUCUUUCCACUACAUCAAAAGGUUGAUUGAAACAAUAUUUGUUCAUCGGUUCUCCCAUGGGACUAUGCCACUGAGGAAUAUUGUUAAGAAUUGUUUCUAUUACUGGGGAUUUGCUGCCUGGCUUGCUUAUUACAUCAACCACCCUCUUUACACACCACCCUCCUAUGGACAAAAACAGGUCAAUUUUGCUCUGAUCAUGGUUCUGACGUGUGAAGCUGGAAACUUUUCUAUCCACGUUGCACUAAGUAAUCUAAGAAGAGAUGGUAAAAGAUCCAAGACCUGUAAGAUCCCUUAUCCAACGAAGAAUCCUUUCACGUGGCUAUUUUAUUUUGUGUCCUGCCCUAACUAUACCUAUGAGCUGGGGACAUGGAUUGGUUUUACUAUCAUGACUCAGUGCGUUCCAGUGGGAUUGUUCACCUUACUCUGUUUCGUUCAGAUGACAGUCUGGGCAAAGGAUAAACACCACACUUACACACGGGAGUUUAAGGACUAUCCUAGCCUAAGAAUGUCCAUCAUUCCUUUCUUGUUAUAAGAACAAAAAAACAAAAAAAAUCCUCUGCAUUAUAAGAAGCAAAGUCAAUGGAUUUGUAUGGAGACAAAUAUAGGCAAAGGAGAUAUGUCAUGUUAUGUUAUGAAGAUGAUUUACGUGAGGUGUUUCAGGUGCAUGCUGAACCUAGUCUGCUGUGGGAAAUUCCAAGGGCUCAAAAGCCAUGUUCUCCCCUUAAUUCUGAAUAUGUACGAUUCAGUAUCGAAUU